AUGGAUGAAUUGAUGAACGGAAGGACAGAGGGAUGGACUGGAGGGACAAACGGACGAACCGGCUCGAUGGAAGGACUAGAAAGGCAGAUGGUUGGACGGACGGAGUGGAUGGACUGGACGAAGGGACUGAACGGAUGGACAGACAGACAGGUGGAAUAAACAGACUGACAGAUGGAAGAGUGGACGGAUGGAAGGACGGAUUGACAGACUGAUGAAAGGAUGGACUCAUGGACGUGCAGCGAGAUCGAUGGACAGAUGGGGCGACCAAUUCACGGAAUGGACGGAAAAAUAGACUGGAUGGACAGGCAGAUGUAAAGAUGGACAGGUAUGGAUGGACCAACAGACAGACUUACCGACUCGAAGGACAGAUGGAGGACUGGAUGGACGGACAGACAGAUAUACGAACUGGCAGACGGAUGGACAGACAGAUGGAUGCAUGGAAUGGAGAGACACGGAAGGGACAAAUGGGCAGAUGAUGGAUUAAUAGACAAACGAUUGAACAUAGCCUGCGUAGCAAGCGUUUCCAGUCGAGUUAUAGCGCGAACUCACCUUUCUCGACGAACUCGUGCGGAAACGCUUGCUAUGCAGGCUAGAUUGGACAGAGUGACCGAAUAGACAGACCGAUCGACCAAUCAACGGAAUGGACAGACAUAUGGACUGGAUGGAUCUACGGGUGGACGGAUGAAAAGACAGACAUAUCAACUGGACGUACAGACAGGCUGAACAGACAAGCAGACAAACGCAUAGAUGGACGUGCACACGGAUGGACGGACAGAUAGACAUACCGACUGGACGGACGGAGGGAUGGAGCGCAUACAUACAUACUUUACCGUAACUCCCUAAAAGGGCUUUUCAGUUAAAAGACAAAUAUUGAUUGGACCCUUUAGUUCUUUCGGUAUAUCAAUCUUUCCUUAAUUGACGGACGGACAGAGUGACAGAUUGAAUGGACCCACAGGCAGACGGACUAGACAGAUGGACAACGAUGUCGACUACAUCUGAUCAUUUUCUUUAACCUCAAAUCUAUAAUCUAAAACUUAAUCUAUAAUCUUGACAGUAUAAGCAUUCAUGUCUCUUUCCCGAAAGCUCAUGUGGAGAUCUCAUGCAAGCGUAGGAUGUGGAUAUGCCAUGAAUCACGAAAGCGGCAAUGUUACCACCGUCGUGGUUGCAGCAUAUGAGCCCGUUGCAAUCGCAGACAAUAUUGAUGACUUCAUCGAAAAUGUUCUGCCACCCAAUUAG